AAUUAUUUAUAUUUCAUUUGCUCACUGCUACGAGCGCUGAAUGCUAAGCAAUUAUGCAUAUGGCAUUGUUAAGUUGUUUGUCUAGGUUUCAAGUCUAUUAUCACAGUACCAACACUUAAAAUUUCUAUACUUGUCAAAGGCAAUGGCCAAAACUUACGAUUAUUUAUUUAAACUUUUGUUAAUUGGUGAUUCCGGUGUGGGGAAAACUUGUAUACUAUUUAGGUUUUCAGAAGAUACAUUUAAUUCAACGUUUAUUUCCACGAUUGGCAUAGACUUCAAGAUAAAAACCAUAGAGUUGGAUGGUAAGAAAAUAAAACUUCAGAUAUGGGAUACUGCAGGUCAAGAACGAUUCAGAACAAUCACUACUGCCUAUUACAGAGGUGCAAUGGGUAUCAUGUUAGUUUAUGAUGUAACGAAUGAGAGAUCUUUUGAAAAUAUUAAGAAUUGGAUAAGGAAUAUUGAGGAACAUGCUUCAACAGAUGUUGAGAAAAUGAUUUUAGGUAAUAAAUGUGAUGUGAAUGAUCGAAGACAAGUUUCAAGAGAGAGAGGAGAACAGCUUGCUGUGGAAUAUGGAAUACGUUUCAUGGAAACAAGUGCAAAAAAUAGUAUUAACGUGCAGGAUGCAUUUUUGUCACUGGCAAGGGAUAUCAAAACUAAAAUGGAAAAGAAAAUGGAAGCGACUCAACCAUCUAAAACCUGCGGUCAUCAAUUAAAGGCAAAUGAACCUGUGAAAAAGUCACGGUGGUUUUGUGGAAUACUAUGACAUAUUUUAUUUUUUCUAAAAAACUGGAAUAUAUUGAAUCAAUUAUGUUCAGUAUCAUUAUUGUUGUACAUAAAGGUUUAGGAAUUGAAACAAGUCAAAUUAAGAGAAGAUGUACUCAUAAUUUGCUGAUAUAUUUUUGUAAUUUGUACAUAUCAAACUAAUUUGCCUUUGCUGGUCAAUAUAAAAGCUUCAUUUUAUACUCAGUGUUUUCAAGUUCUUAGCCUCUGCUGUACUUAAAGUAUUCUUUUUUUUUUAAUUUUAUCCUUUAUUUGUAAAAGAAAAGUUUUUAUAGCAAUGGUAUCUGCUAUUGUUUUAGUCUUUUAAGUUUUACUGAUUAUGCCGUAUUCAAUUCCAGUUAUAGUUACUCAGUAACUCUAUGGAUAUAGAUUUUUACUCUGUGCUUAGCUAAUUGAGAUAGGACUAUUUAAUGGAAUAAGUCAACUCAUUAAAUUAUUUAUAGUUAAUAUAUUAAAUAUAAAACAAGAUAUUACUGAGAGAAUCUGUUUUUAUUGCUCAAAUUUUUAGCGGAAUCUGGUGUUAGUGUUUUUUGUGUUGUUCUAUUUACAAAAAGAAAAAUAUGCAAUGUUAAAAAGUUUCACACCACAUUUACUUUUGUAUAUAAAUGCAUAGUGAUGCCAAAUCAGAAAAAUUACUAAAUUUUUAUUGAACUUCAUUGGUUUUGGUGAAUAUUACCCUAAAUAAUCUUUUUUGUUGGACGUUUUACUACUCGGAGCCAGUUGAACAUGCUCUGAUUUUCAAAUUUUAAUACUCCAUUAGCUCGAACUUUAAGAACAAUCCUGCUUACAGUUUCAAUGUGUCGUAAUUCUUUAUUUAGUAAACAUUUGGUUUUUUGAUACUUAAAAUAACUUCGAAAGAAAAGCCAUAACAGAGCUCAUUUAAAUACUUAGGAAAAAAGAAUAUUAUAAUCACAUAAUUUUAGAAAUUAAGGGACCAUUUUCUCUGUACUGGCCAAGCUGGUUUGAUUAAUUUGCAGCAGUCAGGUUCUCAAUUUUCAAAUACAUAUUUAAGACAGUUUUUUUUUUUUUUUUAAAUUCAAAUUAUUUUCAUACAUAAAAAGACAGGAAUGUUUUCACUCUCUGGCAUUUAAACAAAUUAAAAAAAUUUAACUCCUUGUAAAGUAACAGUUUGUUUGGAACAGAUUCCAAUGACUUUGCAAACACAGAAAUCACAUUUUGAUGAACUGUUAUUUGAAAAUAUUUAACUAAAAUAUUAUCUAAUUGCAGCAUACAUCUAAAGUUUAAAUUUUUCUCAUAUUUCUGAAAUAAUGUAAACCUUUUUCUAUUCAAUUUUAUCAAGUAUUGUUCGGAAGUGGUUUGUUUCUAAAGGUUUAUUGUUAUACUUAUUUAUAGUUACCUGUUCCUAAUUUUAAGGAAAAUGUUCUUCCUGUACAUCCUGUUAUUUAGCACCCUGUUACUCACUUCCCUUGUACAUACACAAAUUUCAUAUUAUAAAUCAAACUACCUAGUUUUGGGAUUAACUUAUAUAUAAAUUUUCAAAUAAAAUUGUGUCAUAAUGUAAAAUUAUAUUGAUAAUUAACCUUUUAAAAUUGACCUGAACUUUCAAUUGGAAGUAUAGUUACAUAAAUGCUAAAAUACUCCUUUCAUCAGUUGUACUUAAUUUUAAAAAUUUUAACUCGUUCAAGUUAAAUAAAUUGGUAAGUUUAAAAAAAUUGUGGUUUAUUAGUUAUUUUUAUAGAUAUUUGUAAAAUAUGCAUUUCUUGAAUCAGUAUUUUUGAAGUUCUAAUAACCCUUUUUUUAUAUUGUGUGAAGGAGUGUUAUGAAACACAUUACAUUUGCUAUGUAAAAUCAUUUUUCCUUUGAAAAUGUCAUUCAUAAGAGAGAAAGAGAUAUAAAUGAUUUUAAAGUACUUAUUAUUUUAUGCUAAAAGCAUGGUUUUAUUGGCCUGUAUGAUAACCUUUUAAAAUUGUGACUUAGAAUUACACUAUACCAGUAAAUAAGAUCUUGAUUUAUUAUCAUGGGUUGUUUUUGAUAAAUGCAUUAACUUUUUUUUUUAUAGUUCUAUAAAUUGUGAUUAAUUUUGAACCUUUUAUAAAUAUUCUUAUAAAAAACAUAGUAUAUAGACCUAUUAAGGUUUUUAUUGUUAUUAUUACAUUUUUAGAAUCUUUUAGCUGAUUUAUGUAUUAUGUCCUAAAAGGUUUAAAAAAAGUAUUCAACUUAUGUGCAAAUCUCAAGCUAUUAAAAAUAUUUUCUAAGUGCAAGAAUGUCUAUUGCAAAUUAAUCUUUUCUUGUGAUUUAUUUUAAUCGAGCAACGAAUUGAGAGAGAAAAACAGGGAUUUUAAAUGUAGGCAUCUUCCAGUAGCUCACUCUGUUGAAAAAUAAUUUAUUUUUUUUUAAAAUCUCCAUGUAUUAUGUAAUCUUCAACUUGUAAAAAGAUUGCAAUAUACAAGCUAUUAAAAAGUCUAUGUAAAGCAAAGUUUUUAAUAAAACUAUAAAAACAA